AUGGCUGCCCCACCGCAGCUACAGGCCCUGCUUCUGGCUGUCAACACAUUGCUGCGCAAGCGCCGAUACCACGCUGCGUUGGCCUUGGUCAAGGGUUUCCGGAACGGGCUCGUCUAUGGAGUCAAAAUCCGAGCCCCACAUGCGCUGGUGAUGACCUUCCUCUUUCGGAGCGGCAGCCUCCGGGACAAGCUGCGGGCCAUCCUGCAGGCCACAUAUAUGCACUCCCGGAACCUGGCCUUAUUUGUGUUCACCUACAAGGGGCUCUGCACCCUGCAGUCCCAUGUGCAGGGGGAGACCUACCAGGUGCACUCAUUCCUGGCCGCCUUCAUAGGGGGCUUGCUGCUGUUCAGAGACAACAACAACAUCAACCUUCAGAUCAACAUGUACCUGUUGUCACGCGUCCUGUUUGCACUGUGCCGCCUGGGUGUGGAGAAGGGCUACAUCCCCCAGCCCAAGUGGGACCCUUUCCCCCUGGUCACCGCAGUGGUGUGGGGACUGGUGCUGUGGCUCUUUGAGUACCAUCGGCCCACACUGCAGCCCUCACUGCAGUCCUCCAUGACCUACCUAUACGACGACAGCAAUGUGUGGCAUGACAUCUCAGACUUCCUGAUCUACAACAAGAGCCGCCCCUCCAAGUGA